CGUUCUUUUCAUGGCCGACAUAGGUCACAGCCGAAAUCAUGCCGAUGACCUGACAACGCCAUUCCCCAUGGGAAAAUGUGCCUAUGAGGGCGCAUUCAGCCUUUAUGAAGGCUUAGAAGAUUUCAUCGUGAAUCAAGGAGCCAAACCCACUGCAGCUCUGAUCGUGGGAGACAUCGCAUAUGGCGGUGGCAGCCAACUGGUGAACAACGCCACACGUCAUGCUUUUCAGAAAUAUCUCCAUGGCCAAGUCCCUGUGGAUCGCGUCUAUCCGGUGAUGGGCAACCAUGUUGGAGCACUCAGAGGGGGCUGGCUGUGA